AUGGCAUCAUCUAAUCCUUAUCUAAAUAGUGUAUACAAUGACGAGGAUAAUAAUGAAAAUAGUAAAAUAAAAUUAACCACACCUUUACCACAUAAUGAUUAUGAUACAGAUAAUUUAAAUGAUAAUAAUUAUGAUACAAAUCAGCAAAAUCAAGAUACUUUUUUAUCGAGAAUAUUUGGUUUAAAUUCUAUCUAUAAUCAAUUACAAGAUAAUUAUCAAUAUUAUGAUCCAGAAUUUGAUAGCUCAUAUCAUCAACAACAACGUAAGAGUUUAUUAGAAGAUGAUGAAGAUGGCGAAAAUGGUGAAAAUAGACAUUUAAACGUGGAGGAUGAUGAGGAAAGAUUAUUACCGAAUGAUCAAAUACCUAUGGAUAAUUUACAAACCCAAAUUCUGAAUUCAAAAGAUGAUAAAAAGAAAAUGGAUAUUAAUUCAAAUAGUUUAUUGGAUUCAGAAUCAGAUUCUGAUUUAUCAUCAAGUUCUGAUUCUUAUGUCAGACCCAAUAAACCAAAACAACAACAAACUCAACAUCAUCAAAAAACACUACCAGAACAAUCCACUCCGAUAAGCCAGCAAAAAGCACAAUCAGAAGAAUCACCUACAGCAUCAUCAUCUAAACGACCACAAAUCAAAUUUCAAGUCCCACAAAGGGUCAAAACACUUGUAAAUAAUACUACUAAUAGAGGUAAUAAAACAUUACCAUUAUAUAAUGAACAAUAUAGAAGACCCAAAACUCAACAAUUUACAAAUACAAAUUAUAAAUCAACAAGAAUAAAUUCAUCAUCAAGAAAAUAUAUGAUUCCACCAAAAGAAAGAGCGUUAUAUUUAUGGGCCAAUAUAACAAACAUGGAUGAAUUUUUGAUAGAUGUUUAUUAUUAUUAUCGUGGUCGAGGUUUAUUAAAUAUUGUAACUUCGAGAAUUGUUGAUUUAAUUAUUAUUGUAUUUGUUAUAAGUUUUUCAAUUUUUUUAAAAUGGGGGAUAGAUUAUUCCAUAUUUUGGGAUAGUUAUUCUCAAGAACGUCAUUUAACAUUAUCUGAUUUAAUAAUACCUGGUUUUUUUUGGAAAAUUCCAUUUUUAGUUAAAUUUCUUGUAUUUGGAUUUUCCAUUUACGUCACUUUAAGAUCUAUACAAUUAUAUUUUGAUUAUACAAGAAAAUUAAAAGAAAUUCAAAAUUUUUACCACUACCUUUUAAAUGUCGAAGAUGUUGAAUUGAUGACAAUAAGUUGGAAAACAAUAGUUGAGAAGUUAAUGUUAUUAAAAGAUUACAAUAGUUUAACUUCAUCACAUCCUAUAGAAAAUCAUUAUAUAAAUGAUUUAUCAUCAAAAGUUCGAUUAAAUGCUCAUGAUAUAGCUAAUAGAAUAAUGAGAAGAGAAAAUUAUAUGAUUGCAUUAUUUAAUAAAGAUAUUCUAGAUUUUAAUAUUCUUUGGUUUAAUGAAAAAACUGUUCUAACUAAAACUUUGGAAUGGAAUUUAAAGUUAUGUAUUGAUAAUUUUGUUUUCAACCAACAAGGACAAAUUAAUGGGUCCAUAUUAAAAGAACAUAAUAGAAAUUUAUUAGCCAAAGAAUUAACUUCAAGAUUCAAAUUAGCUUCAAUCAUAAAUAUUAUAUUAUGUCCAUUUAUUGUUAUUUAUUUUGUAUUAUUAUAUUUUUUCAAAUAUUUUAAUGAAUAUAAAUCAAAUCCUAGUUCCAUUAUUGGGUUAAGACAAUAUACCCCUUAUGCAGAAUGGAAAUUUAGAGAAUUUAAUGAAUUACCCAACUUUUUCAAUAAAAGAUUGCAAUUGUCAAUGGGUCCAGCUAAUAAUUAUAUAGAUCAAUUUCCUAAAGGAUUUUUGGUAAUUAAUGGUAUGAAAUUAUUGAAUUUUAUUAGCGGAUCUAUAUUAGCAAUUUUGGUUAUUAUGGGAAUAUAUUUAGAAAAUGAAAGUUAUUCAUUUUGGUCAUUUGAAAUUACUGAGGGAAAAUCAGUCUUGUUUUAUAUAUCCAUAUUUGGUACAUUGUGGGCUAUAACUUCUUCUCCAUCUUCCUCUGCUUCAUCAUCAUCAAACACAACAAAUGAUCAAGUACCACAACAACAACAUUUUUCAUCAAACAAAAUAGUUUAUGAUCCAGAAUCAAAUAUUCGUUAUGUUUCUAAAUUUACUCAUUAUUUACCUAAGAAAUGGAAUAAAAAAUUACACACUAUCCAGGUCAAGAAUGAAUUUUGUGAGUUAUAUUCAUUAAAAAUUAUUAUAAUCAUAAACGAAAUCUUAAGUGUUUUAUUAACACCUUUUUUACUUUACAAAAUUUCAUAUAAUUCAGGUAAUAUAAUUGAUUUUUUCAGAGAAUACAGUAUUCAUGUUGAUGGAUUAGGUUAUGUUUGUUAUUUUGCAAUGUUUAAUUUUGAAAAGAAAUUAAAUAAUAUGAAUAAUCCAAGUCAUUUAAGAAAGCAGCGUAAAAAACAAAAAAGAAGAAAAUCAAAUGAUACAAACAAUGAACCAAAUGACAAUCAAGAAAACACUAAAGAUUAUGAUUCUUCAGAAAGUUAUGAAGAUGAAGAUGAAUUUGGGUUUGGUAUUGGUAAUGAAGAUAAUGAUAAAAUGACAAAAUCUUAUAUGCACUUUUUAGAAAGUUAUGGGGCUGGACCAAAAGUAAAUAAUCAAUCUCAACAAGAACAACAUCAACAUCAACAUCAACAUUUACCGCCUUCAAUAAAUGACAAAUCCAAUUUAGGUGAUGGAGAGAAUUAUUUUGUAUUUGACAAUUCCGAUAUAUUAAGCAAUAAUAGUGGUAAAGGAGUUCAAUUUGAAGGUAAUGCAAAUAAAUCCAAGAGAAAAGGUGGAGUUUUAGGAAUGUUGAAUCAAUUUUAUAAACAAGAUAUAAAUUCAAAUGUAUAA